AUGGCAUCGCGAUCUUCAACUUCAAGGCCCACGCCUGACCCAGAGCUUGCAACUCAAAAUGGCCAUGUUACCCAAGAACGAGAACAGCACGAGAAGUCUGAACAACCACCUAGUGUGACAACCGACGCGGUACUGGCACCUUCAGAGCAUGACUAUCCAGAAGGAGGACUUCGAGCUUGGUCUGUCGUCCUAGGUUCCUGGUUUGCCUCCUUCUCAGCCCUCGGCAUAUCCAACACCAUCGCAACGCUCCACGCGUACGUCGGCACGCAUCAACUCGCCGGCUACAGCGAGGGCACCAUCGGAUGGAUCUUCUCGACGUACAUGUUUCUCGUCUUUUUCUGCGGCAUCUACGUCGGGCCCCUCUUCGACAAGUACGGACCCAAGUGGCUCAUCCUGGCUGGCACCAUCGGCGUGGUAACGGCGCAGAUGCUGUUGAGUUUCUCGACAAAAUACUGGCAAUUCAUGCUCGUCUUCGGCGUUCUCAACGGCUGCAGCGCGUCUCUCCUCUUCACGCCUUCGUUCGCUGCCAUCGGCCACUGGUUCUACCACCGCAGGGGACUGGCAACGGGUAUCGCGUCGACAGGCGGUUGCUUCGGCGGGAUCGUUUAUCCCAUCAUCCUGCGUUAUCUCUUUGAACGUGGAGGAUGGGGCUGGGCUAUUCGGACCAUCGGGUUCAUCGUGCUCGUUUGUUGCGGCACGGCGACCCUCCUCAUCGACACCCGUCUGCCUCCCGCCCCUAAUGCUUCGCCCCAUCCAGACCUGCGCAUCUUGCGCGAGCCUGCCGUCGCGGUGACGACCAUCGGUCUCUUCCUCUUCGAGUGGUCCCUCUUUAUCCCCCUCACCUACAUCUCAAGCUAUGCAAUCAGCAAAGGCUUCGACACCGACUUCGCAUACCAGAUCCCGACGAUCCUCAACGCAGGCAGUGUGGUAGGUCGCGUCCUAGCCGGCUGGUGGGGAGAUUACGCCGGGCCCUUCAACUCGCAUAUUGCAGCGCUGUUUCUGAGCUGCGUUGCAUGCCUGGCAAUCUGGCUACCUGCUGGCUCUUCCAUGGCGGGCAUCCUGGUCUUCGUGAUUCUAUUUGGGUUUGCUAGCGGUAACAACAUCAGCAUCAGCCCCGUCUGCAUCGGACGGCUGUGUAAGACGGAGAACUAUGGCCGCUACUACGCGACGUCGUACACGGCCGCCUCUUUCUCUUGUUUGUUCGGGGUGCCCAUAGCAGGAGAGAUUAUUGCGGCGCAGGGAGGAAGCUACCAGGCCUUGAUCGUAUUCACUGGCGUCAUGUAUGCCGCUUCAGUUGUGGCCUUUGCAGCGGUGAAGAUUAUGCGAGUAGGGUGGAAGCCGCUAGCUAUCUUUUAG